GGCUCUAUAUAAAACCAACCACAGACCGUGAAAACCAGCAAGCCGACCGAGAGCAGAGCCACAGCCACCAAAGGCGUCUUGGCCGGGUCCAUUUCUUGGACAGACCUACCAACGCUCUCGCAGGACACGCACGGCCGCACCGCAUGUCGUGGUCUGACACGGACGCGGCGCUCUUCGCGGCCGUCCUGGGCCACGACGCCGCGCGCCACCUGGCCACCACACCGCCGCACCUCGACGGCCCGGCCUCGUCGUCGCCCGAGCUGCAGACGCGCCUGUACGACCUCGUCGAGCGGGGAGGAGCCUGGACCUACGGCAUCUACUGGCAGGAGUCCCGGGCCGGCGCCGGCGUGCUCGGCUGGGGCGACGGGCACUGCCGCGACGGCCCGGCCGAGCAAGCCGGGGCCACGGACAGGAGCCUGGCGCGUAAGCGCGCGCUGCUGCGGCUCCACGCGCUGUAUGGCGGCGGGGACGAGGACGGCGCCGACUACGCGCUCCGCCUCGACCGGGUCACUGGCGUUGAGAUGUACUUCCUGGCGUCCAUGUACUUCUCGUUCCGCGAGGACGCCGGCGGCCCGGGCCGCGCGCUCACCUCCGGCCACCACGCCUGGGCCGCCGUCGAUCCCCACCUGCCCGCCGCACCCGGGUGGUACGUCCGCGCGUCCCUCGCCCAGUCCGCCGGCCUACGCACAGUCGUCUUCCUCCCUUGCAAGGGCGGCGUCCUUGAGCUCGGUUCCGCCGUGGCCAUGCGCGAGAACCCCGAGGUCCUGCGCGCCAUCCAAUCUGUCUUCCACGUCGAGGCCGUCGCGCCGGACGAUCGCAUGAGGAUCUUCGGGAAGGACGUCUCCCGCAGCCCCCCAUUGCCGCCGGUGCAAACCACGGGGAGCGACGCCAGUUGGGCGCUGCGGCUCGGCGGGCAGGCUAAGCAGGAGGCGGCGGCGGCCAAACCGAAACCCCAGCAGGAGCCUCCCAAGACCAUAAGCUUCAGCAACGCCGUCGGCGCGCAGAAGCAGGCGGGCGGCGAGGACCGGAGGCCGCGGAAGCGGGGGCGCAAGCCGGCGAACGGGCGGGAGGAGCCGCUGAACCACGUGGAGGCGGAGCGGCAGCGGCGGGAGAAGCUGAACCAGCGGUUUUACGCGCUGCGCGCGGUGGUGCCCAAGAUCUCCAAGAUGGACAAGGCAUCGCUGCUGAGCGACGCCAUCGCGUACAUCCAGGAGCUGGAGGAGCGCCUCCGGGGCGGCGCACCGGCGCGGGCGGAGGCCGGGUCGUCCGUGGAGGUGAAGGCAAUGCAGGACGAGGUGGUGCUGCGCGUGAGCACCCCCCUCGACGCGCACCCCAUCUCCGGGCCGCUGAGCGCCAUGCGGGACUCCCAGCUGAGCGUGGUGGCGUCGAGCAUGGCGGUGGCGGACGACACCGUCACGCACACGCUCGUGGUGCGGUCGGCGGGGCCCGAGCGGCUCACGGCCGAGGCCGUGCUGGCCGCGAUUUCCCGUGGGGUGAUAAUGAGCGCCACCCCCUCCCCGUGACCGUGCAGCUGUAACAAUCGCGCGGCUCGUGCCGUAGUACGUACAGGCAACUGUCAACCGUUAGUGUGAGUUUAGGUGAGCAUGCUCCUCGUGACUGCAUGCCACGUGGCGCACAGGAGAAAGGUAAAAUGGUCAAUGGGGAGGCUAAAAGGUGAAACCCUUUUCCCCAAGUGGCAGUAUCCCAGAUUGCCAGUGGUAGAUUCUAAGAUUCAUGUAGUGCACCUGGUUAUCAAUUUGCACCUACUAGCACACAGUAGAUCAAAUCUACGCAAAAUUGUUAUGUAUAGGAAGAUGCAGUAAUUCUCAGCCUUGUGGAUGACUCCGUGUUUCUUUGAAGAAGAGACCGUGGAAUUUGAGCGCGUCGUGCGUGGCGGUGGGGGUUUACUUUGACCGACCGCACGCGCUCUCUCCGUUCCAGAU